ACGGCGCGAUCAUCACCGGGAGACGAUCAAACGGUGCACAACCAUCGAGCGCGCGGAACCGCGGAAAGCAAAGUUUCACUACGGUUGAUUGUUCGUUGUUGCUCUUUAAGCAGGUUAACAAGUCACUUCCGACGCACUUCCGACGCAGACAAACAUGAAGACGCUGUACAGCUUACUCGUGCUGGCCGUGAUUGCCAGCCUGGCCGUAGCAUACCCCGCCGAAUCGCAGGAAGCUAAUCCUCAGCCAGCGGCGGCGGCAGCAGAACCGGUCGAGUUGGUGCAGCUAGUGCCGGCGGAAGAGCAGAAUGUUGCCGCAGUUCCGGAGCCGGUCAGCGAUGCGGAAGGUCAACGAUCGAAGCGUCACAUCGGAUUCGGCGGUGUCGGCAUUGGCGUCGGUGUUGGGCUGGUGGGCGGUGGGUUCGGUGGCUAUCCCGGCUUCGGGUACGGCGGUGGCUAUCCCGGCUACGGAUAUGGUGGAUUCUACCCCGGCUAUGGAUACGGAGGCGGUUACCACCGAUACGGCUACCGGUACGGUGGAUAUGGUGGCGGCUUCGGACACCCGUACUACUUCUAAUCUAUGACCCUUGUGAUGGUGCGUGCGUGUGUGAGUGUGGUGUAAGACAAUAAGCCAAAAAUAAAACACAAAACUUUUUAAUCUCA